ACUCUGGGCACUUCGGGCGUGAAAGACAGAGCGCCAUCUAGCGGUACCUGCCCCAAAACGUGAGCAAAGAGGAGCUGGGCCUUGAGCUCAGAGGCUACCGGGCCGCAAGGGUCAGCCGCGCGCGGCUGCAGCCAGCCUCAGGUGCCUGCAGUGACGCCUUCUCCACGCGACAGCGUGCUGACCAGCCCUGGUCUCCACGUCUCAGGUUUCGCAAAGACGCAUGGGAGCGACCCGGACGAAGGCGUGUCAAGAUGGCGGAAGCGGAGGAGUCUCCGGGAAAACACGAAACAACGUCAUUUAAACCUUUGUUUGCAGGCCUUUCGGAUAUAUCAAUUUCACAAGACAUCCCAAUAGAGGGAGAGAUUACUAUUCCUGUGAGAGCUCGUGCUCAAGAACUUAACAGCUCUACAUUAAAUGAAUCUGUUCAUCAAACCAUCAUGCGUGAUAUAAAAGCUGUGGGGAAGAAAUUUAUGCAUGUUUUAUAUCCAAGGAAAAGCAAUGCUUUGUUAAGAGAUUGGGAUUUGUGGGGCCCAUUAAUACUCUGCGUAACACUUGCAUUAAUGUUACAGAAAAGUUCUGUGGAUGGAGAAAAAGAUGGAGGACCACAGUUUGCAGAAGUAUUUGUUGUCGUCUGGUUUGGAGCAGUCACUAUCACACUCAAUUCAAAACUUCUUGGUGGAAACAUUUCCUUCUUUCAGAGCCUCUGCGUGCUGGGAUACUGUAUACUUCCUUUGAUUGUUGCUAUCCUGAUAUGCCGCCUGCUGCUUUUGGCAGGGCAGGGACCAAUAAAUUUCAUGAUUCGGUUUUGUGUGGUGCUGGUGAUGUUCACCUGGUCUGUGAUUGCAUCUACUGUCUUCCUUGCUGAUAGCCAGCCUCCAAACCGCAAAGCUCUGGCUGUGUAUCCGGUCUUUUUAUUCUACUUUGUGAUCAGUUGGAUGAUACUCACAUUCACUCCAUAAAUCCGAAUACACACAUUGAAAACCAGUGAACUGAAAGCUCACCUAAAAGAUAACGGUUUACCAACAACAACUUCCCCACUCUCUUGUUCAAUUUUUGAGAUAUUAAAAGGGAGCCACAUAGCACUGUUGUAAUUUAUAUAAGGAACUGAUAUUUGCAAGACUGACCUUUUCCACUUAAUGUUAUUACUUUCAACUACUUGUGCAUACCACACAUAGUAACAUGCCUCCUUAAGGUAGGGUGAAGUCACUUGUUCGUUUGUAUGACAACCAGUGACUUGAGCAAGUAGAUCCAGUCUACCAAUUAAAAAGAGUUGGUGAACAUCUUCAGCUUGGAGAAUAUUUGUUCAGGUGCAGCUCUUAAACACAUUGCCUUAUGACUAUUAGAAUAUGCCUCGUUUCAUAAAUAGUGUGUAUCCACUUUUUUUUUCUUUUCUCCCCAAAACUUGAGAAAGCAAUGGCAGAGGUUAGGAACAAGGUUUACAGAUGUGGGAAGAAAAAAAACAUGCAUUAACUGAUUUUCAGAUUUUGAUCAGAAGUACUGCUAGAGUUGGGUUUUUUGUGUAUUUUUAAGCAAAUGACAUCUAAAGAAUCAGCUUUUUUUUUUUUAUAUAUAUUUUUGUAUAGUUACCUUCUGUCAUGCGUAACAGUACCCUGGCUAGCAUUCUAGUUUUUAAUCUUUCUCCCACAUCCUGAAUAUAAAAUGCUAAUAGUUAAACAUGCAACUUUCCUUUGAAGUUCUCAAUGGUCCAAUGUUUGAGCUUUUCUAAGUAGCAGAAGAUCUCAGAAAUCUAAGUUCAUGGUUUGUAAUGCAUUUUGUUAUGUGGGCACCUUUUAAGGUAUAAUAUAUUACACAACAUAGCUAAAAGGACCUAUUAAUUAUUUUGUAUGGUCCAUCCUCAGACUGGAAAGGAAAGCUACAUCAGAAGUAUGUAUUUAACCAAGUGGACACAGAGAAUCUAGUUUUCUGAAGGCUGGGUAACAGGAGAACACUUACAUACAUGACAAAAGGUGAAUUGAGUUUACAGCUACUGCCUUUCCAUAGUGGGCUCAGCAGCUUUUUUUUUUCUUUUUUCAUUAUAUAUGGAGGGGAUUUUUUUGGAGGGGCACUGGAAAAUAGCAAUUUAUUUUGUGUGGUUUAGACUUUAUUUGUAAAGUUAAUUAGCUUCCCUCUAGAUAUGUACAUUUUUCACAUGUGCACCUACCUGUGCUUUCAUAUAUUUAUGCACACAAGUAUGAAGGCUUUUCAGGGAACAGAACAUCUGAGACAGGCUGACUCAGCUAAACAGGACUCCUGUAAGGUAGUAAGAACUGAUGCCUUCUAUAUGUUUCACAUUGAAGGAGACAGAUUGGGAGUCAGAGAACAUUCAUUGUAAAUAUGCAGUUAGUUAUAGGAAUUUAUUAUUCCAUGUUUUUUCUUUAUCAUAGAAUUUAAAUAUUUAUUGUUUUUUUUAAUUUAAAGACUACCUUCAUAUAAAUAUAUGAUUCUAAAAACGUAUUUUUUCCCUUUCUCAGAAUAACCAAAUUAGCAACACUAGGCCAAAUGUGUUUAUGGGAUGAGUUACAAAUCAUUACUGAGUUUAUCCUCUCUGCCCCAGCCUUAUCUAAUGGUUUGGGGUGUAUAUUUAAAUUCAUUGUAGUUUAUCCCUUAAAUCAUAAACCCUGUGCGGAUAAAUACGGUGUUUUACUCUUGAGUUAGUAAAGAAAAUUUGAAACCUUUAAGUUUUGAAAUUUGUCAUAAAUUAUCAUCUCUUCAUUAUCUGAACCAUUUCAAUAUCUUUUCUAAGUUAUUUUGUAAUCUGCCCAAGUAAUUAUAAUAAUGAAGUACCCAUACUUCUCAAGGGAAACUUAGUCUUUACUGGAUUUUACUCAGGUGAAACAUUUACUUGGAAAUUCCUAAGGUCACAAACCCUAAGGGUUUUGAGGGGUUAGAGAGAUUGGAUAUAAGGCACAUUGAUCCUGUGUGUUAAUCUGCUGCUCUUGAGUGAUUUGAUGAAUGGUUUUAUAUGGUUUUAAAUGGUAGGGCAUUUGCCAGGCAUGCACAGUACUCUCUCUAUGUUCAAUUCUUAACAUUGCCAAAAAAAGUAGAUAAACUGUAGGCUUAAUUACUUUUAUUUCUGGAAUUGAAUGAUCAAAGGGUAUAAAUAGUUUUAACAUAUGCAAAAAGUCUUUUUGCUUUCUGUGACUCUGAAAGUUGUAAUAUAGCUUUUCCUGGUUUGCUGCAAAGGCACAUGGUUGAUUCUAGAAAUGAAGACUGGAAAGUCAGAAGCAUCCAGCAGAGGAACUCCUGUUCUAAGAUGUGGAAGUUUCAUGCUUCUGGUGAAUUUCAAGCUUUUGAGUAUCCCUGCAGAAUGUGCAUGGGUAUCAUAGCCAGCUUGGAUGAUCACCUGCUGCUUCUACAUCUGAGACCAUGACACUGUUGUUAUAUGUCUUAGCAAUAGGAAGGAUAAGUCUUGAUUUAAUUGGUGUUCAAAUUAUAAAAACUCUUAUCAAUAACAACAUUUGAAUGUUCUCUGUGUUUCUUGAAGUUCAUCAUCAGUAAGAUUUUGUGUGUGUGUGUGUGUGUGUGUGUGUGUUUUGUUUUUUGGCCUAAAAGUUACAUAAAUUGAAUUUGAUCUUUCCAUUAUGGGAUCUUUUGUUGGGCAAAGUUAUAUCGCAUGAGACUGAUAAGCAUUUCACUGUUGACUGUCUUUUAUAAAUAAUCUCCAAAAUGUUAUUAUAAGGCUAAUAAGCUUGUACUUGGAGAUAGAAUCUGUUGACUUUCUGCAUUUGAGCUGCCUGCUUAUUUCUGGAGAUGAAAAUGAAAAAUUUUCAGUUGGUAUUUUGGGUACCAUCAAGUCAUACUGGUUGAAAUUCUAGUAUGGUUUGAGCACUGAAGUGAUCCUUAACUAGACUCUCUGUUUCUGAGAUGAUUGGAUGGCAUUAAAUAUAUGAAUGUUGAUGGAUCUAUGUAUGUAAAUUAUAGAUCCUUCUCCAGAUUCUGUGUGCUUUUGUUAUAAAUAUAGUACUAGCAGGGAGAAUAAUUUUAUGAUUAUUAAUUGCUAACAGUUAUUGGGCAUUUACUGUAUACCAAUAUACCAUUCUAAUUUUAAAAGAAAUUUUGUAAUAGCUUUAUUAAAGUACACUUUACCUUGAAAAUCCAUGCUUUCAAAGUGUGCAUACAAUUCAGAGGUUCUGACUAUGUUCACAGAAUUAUACAGCUAUCACUGCUAUCUAAUUUGAGAAUAUCUGUCUUUAUCACUCUGCAGAAACCAGUCACUCCAGCUCUCCAGUCCCCUUCAGUCCCUGGCAACUACUGGUCUGCUUUCUAUCUGUUCAUCUGGCCAGAAACCCUUCCUUCCUUCCUUCCUUCCUUCCUUCCUUCCUUCCUUCCUUCCUUCCUUCCUUCCUUCCUUCCUUCCUCCCUCCCUCCCUCCCUUCCUUUCCUUCCUUCUUUCCUUCCUUCCUCCCUCCCUUCCAUUCUUUUUUUGUAUUUGUGAAUAAUUUUUUUAAUUUUAAUUUUUCACAAUUUAUUCAUUAUAUCACUCAAUUGAAGUCCCCUCCCUGAACUCCUUCCAGUCCCACCCUCCCUCCCUCUUCCCCCCUUAUCUGCUUCUCCUAAUUCACUGAAAGGGGGAGUUCUUCUCCUCUGCCAUCUGACCCUACCUUAUCAGGUCUCAUCAGGACUGCCUGGAUCCUCUUCCUCUGUGGCCUGGCAAGACUGCAUUGCCAGGGGAAAGUGAUCAAAGAGCAGCAACUGAGUUCAUGACAGAGGCAGCCCCUGCUCCCUUUACUCGGGAACAUGAUGUGGAGACUGAGCUGCCAAUCCGCUACAUCUGAGCAGGCAGGCACUAUUCUUAAUGCUUUCUCUAUUUCCUCCACUCUUCAAACAUAAAGUGCUAUAAUUCUAAUUUUACAGUAUAAAACCAAGGCACAGAAAUUUAAGUACUUGCCCGAAAUCAUGCAGGAAGUGAAUUGAUGGUAAGAACACAUUAGAUGAAAUGCAAUUUUCAUUGUACUGUUAAGCACAUGAAAUGAACAUGUUCUUUCCUAGGGUGUGUCUCCUCUUACUGGCCUUUGCACCCUAGAACUGACUCCAGGUAGAUAUGUCUCAUUCUUUUUUUCAGAGUAACCCAGGGACCCAGGCAUCUGAGCACACAAAGCAGCCAGACUUAGAAGGACAUCCAUUUCCUGCCCUUGAACCAACCCUUUUUUUCCUUUUCCUCUUCUUACUCACAUAUAGUUUUUUUUUUUUUUUGAAGUUUGAAGAUUUAAGCUACUACUUUAAAAUUUCCCAUUCUACGUAUACAUCGUCUGUUUUCUCAAAGUUUGAAGAUUCGACUACUUUUAAUUUCCUAACAGGAUGGCUAAUGCCUCAAAAUGUAGCAUCUCUUCAGGUGUUUAUAGUCUAGGGGUGUAUCUGGCCACAUCAGGUGUUGGCUAUAUUUCUAAGACUUAAGAUUAAAGUUAUUUGAGGACUGAAUGCCUUUCUAUUUGGAUAGAUAUGGUGAGGUUAAAGAUUUUGCCUUAAUGAAGCUUGUUGAUUUCUGGUCUUCUUUGUAUGCUACUCUACUUCUGAUCUUUCCUAUGAACAAUAAACCUGUGCAAAGAAACCUGUAAAA